UCCAAAGCCUAAAAAUAAGGAAAUGGCAAAUCCAAUGAAAGAAGAAGGAAAAUGGAACACAAACAACAACAACCUCUUUCUUUCUCUCUCAUCAAUGGCCCAGCUGGACCAAAAUUUAUGUUUGAAGAAACAAAAACAAAAAAGAAAGAAAGAAGAAAAGAAGAUGUGUUGAAAUGUCCUCCAACCAAACCCACCUCACCUCACCUCACCUCACAACUCUCUCUCUCAUGAAACCAUGUUCACCGAUUUGCCCUUCUGCAAGACCCCAAAAAAUCCAAAUCUUCAUCACUGGUCUUCCAAUUUUUCACCGAGUUAUGUGGGCUUUUUGGGUUUCUUUCUUUCUUUCUCUUCGGUCAGAGUUAGAGUUUCACACAGAAAAGAAAACACAAAGAACCUUCUUUCUUACCCCUUCAUUCAUUCACACACACCCUUUUUCUCUCUUUCUCUUUCUCUCUCACGUUUUCUCUUCCACCCCACCUUCUUCUUCUUCUUCUUUCUUCUUCCUCUCUAUCUGCUUUUUCACCUUUUGUAGUUGGUUCUUGUGUUCUUCCUUGAUCUGAUGAAGAAGAUGAAAGGUGUUGUUGUUUCCAUGGAGUCUCCUUCUGAUCUGUUUAUGGAUCGAAGGGCGAUGUUGAGGCACCAGAGUCUCUUGCAGGACUAUGAAGAUCUGCAUAGGGAAACUGAGGCCAUGAGAAGGAAAUUGCCAGCUAUCAAGCAGAAGAAGCUGACACUUUCUGCUGACGUUCGUUUUUUGAGGCAACGUUACCAAUACUUACUAAAGCAUCCUCUACCCAAGCCUCAGCCAAAGCAACAAGUUCUAAAGCCGCAAAAGAUCAAAAUCCAAGCGCCAACUAUCCCAAAGGGAAGGAAUUACAACAGGAAGGAAUCUACUUUGCGACCCCCUCGCAUUGCUUCUAAUAUGAAUCCUCCAAAAGAAAGGAGUUCCAAUGGUGGGGUUGAAAACACAUUGCAAAAGUCUGGCCAUGUGUUUGAUUUAAACCAAAAUGCUAGGAAUUCUAGUAAAAAAGAUGCUUCCUUUCACAAUUCUGCUCCUGUGCUUGACUUGAAUCAUGAUAGGAUUCACAGUGGGAAGGAAACCAGUCAAACCACAAAGAGUAGUGCUCCGUUUUUCGACCUGAACCAGAUUUCGAGAGAAGAGGAGGAAUUACAGGGAAACACUGAGCCGUUGUGGAUUGAGGAACCAAAGAGAAGUGCACUAAGAGUUGUGAGUGAAGAGCAACUCAAUGAUGUGAAGCUAUCAGUUUGUAGGAACAUUGGGGAUGGACCAAGUAGGGCAGUGAAAAGAAAGAUUUCAUGGCAAGACCAGGUGGCAUUGAGGGUUUGAUCCUAGUACAGUAGGCUGAACUCCUUGUUUGCCACUUUGAAAUGUGUAGUCAAUCUGAAUCUGCCUUGACUUUUAGCAGUGUACUUCGUUCACCAAAACCAUUCUAGUUUUAUGUUUCAUCUUGUAAAGAUAAAAUAUACCUUAUAGAUAUGCUCAAUAUAUGUUUUAGAUGAAAUGGAAAAUUUAUAACCAGAAAUCAUGUAUUUCUUGAUUUAUCUUUUGCACAAGUUAGUCCAAAAUUGGAUUUGGAUUC